AUGGAUCUCCCCUCGCCCACGUAUGCCUUUACCAUCCCCUCGGUGUACGAUGAAAUCCAACUCGACUGCCGCCUGUAUCUGCCCCGUGAACUGAGUGAGACAGAAUAUACAUUCAGUGGUCCCAUACGCGGAGCUAUUGUUGCGCAUCCUUAUGCUACUCUUGGCGGUUGUUACGAUGACCCGGUCGUGGGUUUUGUUGGAGGCGAGCUGUUAGAAGCUGGAUAUGUUGUUGGCACUUUCAAUUUCCGAGGAGCGGGUGGCUCAGAAGGAAGCACUAGCUGGACUGCACGACCUGAAUUGGCCGACUAUGUCUCCUUUUAUGGGUUCAUGCUGUUCUACUUGCAUGGAUUAAGGCUACAAGUCGCUUCGCAGGGAGGGAGAGAAAAUAUGACAGAUGCCAUCCGACAGAUGUCUUCCGAGGAGAAUUCUGAAGACGCACGCACGAACGUUCAUCUUGUGCUGGGCGGAUAUUCGUAUGGGUCAAUGAUUACUUCACAUCUUCCGGCGAUUGGUAUUAUUGCAGACCUUUUUGAGAACAGUUCUGACGGUUCUGCACCGCAUGAGAUUUCCCGUGCAGCGGAGAAAGCCCUCGUGCUGUCGACGAAUAUCAAGAAAGUGCAAGAAAAAUUGCCGCCAAUUGGCGAUUUUUCUGAUCGGAAAGGAACUUUACAUGUUUCGAGAACAAAAAUUUCUUACCUUCUUGUUUCGCCUCUUCUGCCUCCUAUUAAUCUAUUUUUGACAUUCUUCUCCAAACUAUCACUGGAGGUAGGAACUCAUACUUCUGCCGAAGGGAAACAUGUUCCCUGUCCUAGCCCGACCGACCAGCUGAGUGCAAACCCAACAAUGGCCAUCUAUGGCAACCAGGAUGCCUUUACAUCCGCCAGUAAGUUGCACAGGUGGUCAGAAAACCUUACCCGGGUUCAAGGCAGUCAAUUCCGGUCGGUCGAGGUUGACAGGGCUGGCCACUUUUGGAGGGAAAUUGGUGCGGAGACUCAAGCAAGAGACGUACUGAGGAAAUGGUGUCGCGAAAUGCAUUGA